AGCACUCCCGUCUCCCACAAAACUCGUUUUCUCUCCUCUCUGAAAAUAAGAAAAAAGGAAAAACGAUGAAGAGAGUUAUAGUAACCUUCUUCUUCCUCACUCUCUCCCUCUUCCCCUUCUCCUCCUUCCAAUUUGAAUCCGACGAGCUCCUCCUUGACGACGAGGAGUUCGGCCUCGAGGGCGCUCCACCUCGCUUCCCUGAACCCGCUUCCAUCCCGGCUGCUAGAUCGUCUCGGAAGAGGCAUUCCGAUUCGGACUCCGAUUCCAAGAUCCAGUUUUCUCUGGAGCAUGCGUUUGGUGACUCCGAUUUCUCUCCUGCCGGUACCUUCUCAGCCCGCCUCAAGACUUGGAAUCACGGUGGACAGACACUUACAAAGCUACGGUUUUCAAGGAAUGGUUUCACUGAUGAGGAGAAGGAGAAGUUCAAAAAGCUGCUUCAAGGUGAUGACUUCUACAGGAUAAGACUUCCAUCCAAUGUUUUGAGUCCUCCUGGGAGGGAUUAUAUUAUCUCAUCAGUGAAAGCAAGAUGUCUUCCACGGGAUGGUUUGGAUGAGCAUUUUGUCAUUCACACGGAGGGUGUAAAUAUCUUGGCAGUCAAUUAUGGUUCUCCUGGGUCAUGCCCAUAUCCUCGGCAAUUGAAACUUCCUGUUAAAUGGUCCUUCAACUCGCACACAGUUUUAAAGAACAGUGAGCAGGCACCAAGAGCUCCAAUCUUUACCGAAGAAGUACCAGGUGGUGACAAUGGAGAGGGUGAAGUUGUGCAGCCACCUGAAAGGUCUUUCUGGGCAAAAUAUUGGAUGUAUUUGAUCCCCCUCGGACUCAUAGUGAUGAAUGCAAUAACCCAAGCAAUGAACAUGCCUGAGGAACAGGCUACUGGUCAACCGGCAACACAAGGACAACCAGCUACGGGAGUGCAGCGUGGUCCAAGUGCUGCAGUGCGUAGAAGAUGAGAUGUAAUCAUGUAACAUUUUCGGGGAAAAGUAUUUGCCAAAACAAGCACUUUAUGGUUAGAUGGCGCUCGGAUUGAUCUUCAUAGGUUUUAAGAUUGCAGGCAAAGCAAAACUCUUUUGUUGUCUCGAAGGUAACUGAUUCAAAUAGCUUAAAAAACAUAUUUUGUUCUGUAUUUAAUAAAAACUUGCACCACUUCGGCAGCUAGUAAUUUCUUUUUCUCAACAACUAUCGGCAGCUGGUAAUUUCUUUUUCU